CGUAUCAUUCAUCAACAUCAGCUUGUAAAACCUCUCUUGGUUCUGUAACCCUCCUCUCUUUUCCCUUACUAAAUAAACCACACAACGCCGCUACAAAGUCCCAUCUCACGACCCAUACUCGUUACUUGGUAUCAUCUAACGUCGGAUCACUGGAGAAGGACUGAUCUGAGCUUCUUUUUAUCAUCGUCAUGACCGACAAGAAACCAUGGCUUGGCCCUGAAACCUUCCCAACCAUCUGGAUUUGGAUCUGCUUGGCAUCCAAUCUGACAGGUAUUGCUGCCCUAAUCACGCUGAUUAUUGCAGAAUUUGUGGUCUUGGUCAACGAUUAUUCCAACUACCAUGCUCAGUAUGGUUACAACUAUCAGGCCAGGGGCUACCAAGGUAGCACCGGAUGCGGGCAAGUAGAGUAUACCAACGCUCCCAAACAUCUCGGUUCUGCAAUCUGGAUGCUGUUUUACCAGUUAUCCAUCAUCGUUUUAGCUACACUGGUCAUCGCCUCUGAUUUGGCCUGGCGAGCAAGUAGCUACAACGCCUGGGGCGGACGAUGGAUUUCCACCUUUUAUGCUACUGGUAUCACGGAGGGUAGUAUGCACCCUGGACUGUACUACUAUGUAGCAGCGAAUGCUUUCUUGAAGCUGUUUUUGGUGGUGCUGUAUAUGAACCAAUCAUUUUACGGUAUGAGGGGUCAUUCUUCGCAUGCCUCGCCUUAUAGCAAUGAUGGGGAUAACAGCCACUAUUAUACAGGAACUUCUUCAUCCAGCGCAUCAUCGUCGUCGUCCUCAAGUUCGUCCUCAAGUAUCUCACAGUAUUCCUGGAAACGAGGAAACGGUAGCUCAGUUAAAAUUUACGGUGUUGAGGCCUGGGUGUACUUUGCGGGGUGGAUAGCUCUUUGCUCCAUCAUCCCCAGCAUGGUCGCGUUCCUAUAUUUGGCAGCUUGGGGAAAAAAGAAGGUUGAAGAGGGCGAAGGCGGAGAAGGCGGGGCUGAGGUGGGCGGCGGUAAGGGAUGAAUGUCGUAGAUUAGGUUGAGGUGCAGCUCAGUAUGUCCGACGUACUUCGAAAUCUUCCCCCACUUUCUCGCAUGAAA